GUUAACUUUUCAUAAUUAUUAUUUUAUGAUGGAAUUAAAAAAGGGAAAUGGCUUGUCAUGCGCAGUAAAAUACUGCAACAAUAAGUCGAGAACCUCUGUUGGUGUUAGUUAUUUUACUAUGCCAAAAAAUACAGAAAGACGUUCCGAGUGGAUUAAGCAAUGUUUGCCUGAAUAUGCUGAUAAAAAUGCAUUUGUUCAGAACCUGAGAAUAUGUAGUGAACAUUUUGAAGACAAAAUGUUCCUUAAUGUUCAAAAAAAAAACAGGCUGACUGAUUUUGCAGUUCCAACAUUAUUCAGUGAUGAAAUUCUUGCGAAAAGAGAAUCCGAGAGUGAUUCAACAAUGAAUGAAUCAAAUGAUCUAUCAACACCAAUGGCAUGCUCAAGCCCAAUUUCAUGUCCUAGCUGAUGUAAGCUCCUCGUUCUAGGCUCAUCUUUAAUUAAUACCUCUGACUCUUCUUCUCAGACUCCAGAUCAUUUGUCAUAUUCUACACCCAGGAAAAUUUUGUUAAGAUC